AUGAUGUUUCUACCCAAGAUUUGGUCCAGCAAGGAUGAUGCGUCAGAUGUCGCGUCUCCGACGUCGGAUCCAAACGCCGGACCGCUAGAUAAUAAUAAAGCACCCGCCGUCUCCAGCUUCGAGAGAGAUGCUGGUGAAAAGACUGACGAUGACGAGGCUCAGAAGGGCGUCGAGGAGGCCGAAACCAGCCUGAAGGUAUGGAGUCAAUCUCACAUCUAUCUCGCCUGGGGCUUCAUCUGGCUCGUGUACUUUGCUGAUUCCAUGCAUUCGAGCAUGGGCUUCACCCUUACUCCCUACGUCACGAGCUCGUUCUCCAAGCACGGCCUCACGGCCACGACGGGCGUCUUUGCGCAGCUCAUCGGCGCGCUGAUCAAGCUGCCGCUGGCCAAGGUCCUUGACAUUUGGGGUCGUCCCCAGGGUGUCGCGCUGACCGUAUUCUUCAUGGUCGUCGGGCUGGUCAUGAUGGCCGCUUGCCAGAACGUCGAGACGUACGCGGCGGCGCAGGUCUUCUACUGGGUUGGAUUCAACGGAGUAGGCUACAGCUUGCAAGUCUUCACCGCCGACACCUCGGCGCUCAAAAACCGCGCCUUUGUCUUUGCCUUCAUCAACACCCCCUUCAUCAUCUCCACGCCGACGAGCGGCUACGCGGCGGAGGGCUUCCUCAACAAGGGCCCUCAGGGCUGGCGAUGGGCUUUCGGCGCCUUCAGCAUCAUCGUCCCCGUCAUCGUGUUGCCCAUCUUCUUCCUGUUCCUGCACAACCACCGCAAGGCCAAGAGGAUGGGGGCGUUGCCUCCCAGGCAGCGCAGCGGACGCACCCUGCUGCAGUCCGUCAAGCACUACGCGAUCCAAUUUGACUUGUUGGGGAUCUUGCUGGCCGCCGCUGGUAUGGCGCUCUUCCUGCUGCCCUUCAAUAUCUAUUUUUACCAGAAGGAGGGGUGGCGCUCCCCCAUGAUCAUCUGCAUGCUCGUCUUUGGCGUCGUCAUCCUCGUCCUGUUCGCCCUCUAUGAAAAGUACCUCGCGCCCGUCAAGUUCAUCCCAUUUGAGCUGCUCGUCGACCGCACCGUCAUCGGCGCCUGCCUGACCGUGUCCCUGUCCUUCAUCUCUUUUUACAUCUGGACCUCGUUCUUCUCCUCCUUCCUGCAGGUCGUCACCGGCGCGUCCAUCGUGCAGACCACCUGGGUCGGCCGCAUCUACAACAUCGGCAGCUGCUUCUGGGGUCUCAUCGUCGGCGUGCUCAUCCGCGUGACCGGGCGCUUCAAGUGGCUUUCGUUCUACUUUGGCGCGCCCCUGCAGAUCCUGGGCGUCGGCCUGAUGAUCUACUUCCGCCAGCCGGGCAGGGCCCUCGGGUACAUCGUCAUGGCGCAGGUCUUCAUCGCCGUCGCGGGCGGCACCCUGGUCAUCUGCCAGCAGAUCGCCGCCAUGGCUGCCGUCGCGCACAAGCACGUCGCUGUCGUGCUGGCCCUGCUCGCCAUGUUCUCCUCCAUCGGCGGCGCCAUCGGCGGCACCGUGUCCGCGGCCAUCUGGAACGGCGUCUUCCCCAGGAAGCUCGAGGAGUACCUGCCGGUGGAGGCGAAGCAGAACGCGUCUCUGAUCGUCGCGAGCUUGCCCACGCAGCUGUCGUACCCGGUCGGCUCGGCGAUCCGCGAAGCUAUUGACAGGGCGUACAGCGACGCUCAGCGGAUCAUGAUGAUCUCGGCGACCUGCGUUUUGGUCGUCACCAUGUUCACGGUGGCAAUGUGGCGUGAUUUGAAGGUCAAGGACUUUGAGAACAGGUCUCAUGUUAAGAAAAUUUAA